CUCAGAGCUCGUCGUCGAUUCAAUCCAUAGAGUUGCUUGCUGCGUUGCGGACCUCGUUCGAGAGCUAAACGCUUCGAGACACAAGAAACGAGAAUCGAUUCGUGACAACUGAAAAGGCAACCGAUUUUGCUACGUUUGUGGUUUGGCAGCGUCUUUUGUGUUUCGGCUUCGGUUUUUUUCGGCUGCCCGCGGCUUAACUUGAAAUUAAAGCUGAUUCGGCGAUUUCAGAUACAAGAUACAUAUGCAGAUGCGAGUGCUAAGCUGCAGAUAGACAACAGUGAAGUGAGAUACAAGUGGCUAGAUAGGUCGCGAACCCACGUCGAGAUACUUUAUUUAUAUUGUCCUGGAUUAAAUAUAUCUAAAAACAUCUCGAUUGUGGCCGUCAUCAUGUCGUGCUAGGGUGCGACUGAUCCAGCUCAAAUCAACUCAACCCAGAUCCCAGAUCGCAGAUCAAAGAUCAAAUCGACAAAGAUGCUGGACAAGGCAACGAGCUCCUCCGUGUCGGUGUCCACCUCCUGCUGCAGUUCGAAUGCCACCAAUGCGGACCUGGACUACGAUGUGCCGGUCUCGCGCCGCAUACUCAUCAAAUCGAAACUGUACGCCAAGGCCAUUUAUGACAACUAUGCAGACACGCCGGACGAGCUUGCCUUCAAGAAGGGCGACAUCCUCACCGUCAUUGAACAGGAUACGGAGGGCAUCCAGGGAUGGUGGCUCUGCUCCCUGCGCAACCGACAGGGUCUUUGCCCGGGCAACCGGUUGCGCGUUUUGAACUCGUACGACUCGGGAUGCUUCUCGCCAUCGCCGGCCAGUUCCCCGAUUCCGUCGCUGGCGGCCAGUACCGCCACACUGAACAGCUCCAUCUGCUCGGCGGAGAUCUACGAAAAUGGUUCCAUCGUCAGUGCUUUCUCGUCCUCCAACUCAAACUCCAACUCGAACUCGGGCGUUGUGACCAGUGGCCCGGGAGCGGGAACGGAGUCAUCGUCGGCCUGCCGCGGCACGAGAAGAUCUUGGCACGUCUCGCCAAACAAGGUAAUCACGCCGCAGAGACACGGUGAUGUCUACAUCUUCAACUGCUCGCCAGGAUCAGCGACUGGACCUGGGGCGAACACGCCGCAACAGCAGAUCUACAGCAACCAAAGCAUCUACCAAAACCUAGCCAUGAUGUCCGGUUCCCAGCAGAACGGAAACGGAAACGGCAGUUCGGAGUUCGAGACCUACGACAUCCCCAAACCCGCCACACCCGUGCCGCUGAACUACGAGAGCCCCAGAAGCGGUCCGCCAAGGACGCCCACCUCCAGUUCCAAUCUGGGCGCCCGCUUCGAGUCGCUAAAGAGCGUGGCCGCCUCCAUCGAGGAGGAGUCCUACGAUGUGCCACGACCACUGAUCUCCGGCGGCAGCCUGCUCCAGCAGCAGAUGAACCAGAUAAUGACGCCGAGCAGCUCCGCCUCCUCGCUGCUGACCAGCGACAGCCUGUCUCUGAGCUUCUCCAGCUCGAACCGCUCCUCGCUGGCCAACAUGCCCGACUACGACAUCCCGCGCCGCAACCCGCUGCCUGUGCGCCGCCAGCAGAGUGGGCUUGCCUACGACUUCCCGCUGCCACCGCUGCAGGAACAGGAGCAGCGCACUCUGCCCACUCCCGCCUCUGGCCCAGCCAAUCCCACUCCCAAAGAACUGCCACUCGAGCUGAGCUCUGCGCUGGAAACGUUGGCCAAGCUGCAGCUACAGACAACCGCCUCCAUCAGCCGGCUAUUAAGCUUCGUGGUGCCCAACUGGCGCACCCGCGCCCAGCUGGAGCCGGCCAUCAUGGAGCUGAAGCUGGCCGCCCUGCGCCUGCGAACAGCCCUGCACGACCUGGCCGAGUUCGGAGAAGGAGCCUUGGGCAACGCCACGCGGUCUGAGGACCGCAACCUGGCCCUCAAGCUGCGCCCCUUGGUUCGGGCUCUGCGGGAUGCGAACAAGCUGAUCCACGACUCCUCCGAAUCCCUCGACGCCCAGGGCGACUGGUCCGUGGACCAACUGGCUCGGAGCGACGACAAGCACGGCUGCCGUCCGCCGGACGCACUGGACCAGCUGAUGGCCUGUGCCCAGACGCUCACUGAGGACGUGCGCUGCACCACCAGCUUCAUCCAAGGCAACGCCUCGCUGCUGUUCAAGCGCCAACUGAGAUUGGAGGAGAACCAGAAUGGAGGAGCUGUCGAGGGGAGUCGGGGCAGCGCCGAGUGGCUGGAGGACUAUGACUACGUGGCCUUUGAGUCGAAGGAUGCGGCUGCCAGGAAGAACCAGGCGCUGCGUGAGGCUAUUCCCGUCGGUCUGAAGACGCAGUUCGACACGGUUAUCCGCACGGCUGAGAGCACGGCCAUGGGUGGCGCUUCCGCCGGAUCGGUGCCCACCACGCCCACGGCUCCCACCACGCCCUGCAAGUCCCCGGAGAUGACCGACAAGGACAAGAAACUGGUGCGCUACUACGCCCAGCAGAUCUCCACCCACAUGGGCAACCUGAUGCAGGCCAUCGACUCCUUUUUGGAGACGGUGGAGAAGAAUCAGCCGCCCAAGUUCUUUAUUGCCUAUGGCAAGUUCGUGGUGGUAAGCGCCCACAACCUGGUGACCAUUGGCGACAACGUCCACCGCAACAUCUCGAAGGAGGCGCUGCGCGAGAAGAUCCUGCGCUGCACCAACGCCCUCUCCGACGCCCUGAAGACCUGCGUCUCCAAGUCGAAAAAGGCGGCGGCGCACUUUCCCAGCGGCAGUGCCGUCCAGGAGAUGGUCAACUCGGUGGUCCACAUCAGCAGCCUGGCCCGGGAACUCAAGGCGGUCAUGCUGCAGGCGGUCCACCUGUCGGCGGCGGCGGGAGUUGGCGCUUGAAGAGGUUUUCUUACCGAUCUGGAUCCGCCCGAUCUGUCCCAUGUCCAGUAUUAGCUGAGAGGCGUGCAGCCAAGUCUUCCAGCUUCGUCCGCGCUUUGGCAGAUGUACGACAUACAUAUAUCUGAAAUUGGCAUAUCCCCAGCAGGCAGCGCUUAUAUUUUGCAUUGUGAUAUUUUUGAGCAAAACAUCUGAAAAUGCACAGCAACACAGCAAAAAUCAUCAGAUCGUCAGAUCGCCAGAUCGCCCGAUCCCCGACGAAACCAGAGUCAGUCGCCUAGUCUAAGUUUCGAUUCUGUAAAUAACAUGCUCAUCCUAUCGCCACACUAUUGUAAACUAGCAUAUUUCCUUACUACCCGCCAUGCGCACAAGCAAUGUUGUAUCAGUAAAGCAUUUCAGCGUAGUUUUGUAUACCAUAUAGGAUUAGUUGUACCACUUAACCAUAUGCUUAGAGUUAGGCACGCAUAAAUAGUACUUGCAUAGUCAGAAUCUGAAAGAUUUACACUCAACAUUUAGCAUUGCGUCGCGGCAACAAUAGUCAGCAUUAUAAGAAAAUACACACAUACACAUAAAUCAUAAACUACCAAGUAAACUGUAUGCAACAAUAUGAACAUUAUAGCCACGAGACCAGACCGAGCGUAAACUAUUCACGUGGAAUAAAAUUACAAUAAACAUAAACGUUUCGGCGUUUACAUAUUUAAUUGA